AUGGCUCUGGGGUUGAGCUCUGGGCUCUGCUCCGGCAGCACCGGCCCAGGAUCGGGGGCCCACUCGGAGACGUCGUCGUCCCCAGGGAUCAGCGUGCCCAUUCCGGUAGCCCCAGCACCACUGCUGCCCAAUCCCAUGUUCGCUCUGCCCACCCUGAACUUCACAGUGAACCAAGUGGCCGCCGUUUGUGAGACUCUGGAGGAAAGUGGUGAUAUAGAAAGACUAGCGCGGUUUCUGUGGUCCCUACCCGUCGCUCACCCCAACAUCAGCGAGUUGAACAAGAACGAAGCGGUACUAAGAGCUAGGGCAAUAGUGUCUUUCCACAGUGGGAAUUUUAGGGAACUUUACACAAUUCUAGAAUCUCACAAAUUCACCAAAGGUUCUCACGGGAAGCUGCAAGCCAUGUGGUUGGAGGCGCAUUAUCAGGAGGCCGAGAAGCUCCGGGGAAGAGCUCUAGGUCCCGUGGACAAGUACCGAGUGCGGAAAAAGUUUCCUCUGCCGCGCACCAUCUGGGACGGUGAGCAAAAGACUCACUGUUUCAAGGAAAGGACUAGGAGUUUGUUAAGGGAAUGGUAUCUGCAGGACCCUUAUCCCAACCCCACUAAGAAGCGGGAGUUGGCUCAGGCCACGGGGUUGACCCCUACUCAGGUGGGCAACUGGUUCAAGAACCGGAGGCAGAGAGAUAGAGCGGCGGCCGCUAAGAACAGGAUGCAGCAGCAGCAACUGGCCGCUCAGCUGGCCCACCACGGAGGCGGUGGUCGCCAACCCCCCUUGAGCCCCACGCCUUCGGAGAGCGACUCUGACAUCUCCCUUGGAGCGCACUCGCCCCCGAUCAGCUCUCCGGGCCCGCUACGCUUCGGCACCGGCUCCCCCAAUCCCAUCACCUCCUUUCGUUUCGGGGCGCACUCCCCAGGUCCUAUGCCAGCGCAGUUCCGCUUCGGCACCCACACGCCACCUAGUUUUCGAAUGGACAGACAGAGUCCGACCCCUCCCAAUUUCCGUCUGGACAGGAAGAUGAGAAACUCCGAGUCCCCCAUCAACGUGGACUCGGCCCCCUCGAACUACGCCGCUGUGAACCUGAGGCUGAGCUCGAACGAGAGCCCGAUCGACGUGGACUCCAGCACGGACUACCGGCCGGAGAAGAACAGUCCCAUAAGGGUGGACGGGUCACCGCAGCACUCGCCACCCAUGAACCUCAGAAUGGCGGAUAAUAUACGCAUGCCGCCCUCGGACGGCAUGAAAAUCGAGACUCCACUGCCACUGAGGCUGGGUCAUCAGCUGAAUUCAUCCCAAAUGAAUACUGCUCCGCUCAGGAUUCAAGUUACAAGCCCCAACAGGCUGGAGCACACCAGCUUGCCCGGUGGGCACCAUCCCCAUGGGGGUAUCGUGCGGAUCGCUCCUCCGAGUCCCAGUGGGGCUCCGGUGCUACAUCGGCCCUUUUCGCCGCCACGGCUAACGUGA